ACUACUACUCUACAAGCCUCAGACUACAUACCUACCUAGUUACUCGACAUUACUCUACCGCCAACCGUCUAACCUAGUCUUGGUCUUUUUCGUCUAAUGUCUGUGUGUCUCCUCUGUGUGUGUGUUUGUCGGGACGGGGGGACGGGGCCAGGGGUAGGGCGACAGACUGUUACAAGGAUUGUGGAUGGCCCAUCUUCCAUCCAUCCCAUCCAUCCCCAUCAGGACCCAGGGGAUACACAGACAGACUGUCCAUGGGCAAGGGUUUGGACAGAGCAUGGCAUCGCACCACGACAUGUAAAAGAAAAGAAAAGAAAAGAAAAGUAGACAUGAGGUGGGAGAUUGAUGCUGAUUCGUGCUCGAUUCGCUUUGGCCGGCGCCCACCGCCCACACCCUUUCUCUCUUCUUCUAACUACAUUACUACUCCGUACAGUAUCGCACAUGCGGAGAAUGUACAUUCGAUAUCUACUUUUACACACGCACGCACUCUUCUCGGUCCGUUCCAGGGUUCAUGGUUGUGCGUGCAAUGGGUCUGGGCCGCCAGGUGCUCUGAUCAGGAAGAACAGCAGAAGGGUCGCGUUCGCAUCAGUCAACUAUCGAGGACUCGGAAAGAAAGCAAGUUGAUGUGUGCACGCACGACACGAUCUAGAUUGCAUCACGGGUGCGAGUACUAUGUCUGCUGCUACCAAGGGUUGCUGUUACUAUUUCCAAUUUCAUCAUACCAAGUGACCUAAUUACCUCGACGUUAGCUGAUGACGCUGAUUAUACAUCGUACCAACAAACAUAGUAGCAAUGACUACAUC